UCUUCCUUUCUUCCUUUCUUCCUUUCUUGCUCUCUUUUUUGCUUCUCCUCUAUCUCCACUUCUCCACAUCUCACUCACUCUUCUCUUCUCUUCUCUUGUCUUUCUUUCACCCUUUAUACUCUCCCUCGCCUCCCGCUCUUCUGAGAAUAUAUCCUUCUCAUGUCCUUCCUUUCAUGUAUUUAAGCCACUUAUCUCCCCUCCCUCCCCUCCCCUCCAGACCAGUCCUCGACAUUCAUUCCUUGUGUCGAUCGACGAAUCCCGGGGUUACCUUGCAGCAUUCCGUUGGGAUACAUCGCGCUUUGCCAACCUGUCCUGGUCCGUUAUCCUUCGAACAUCGACGUCAACACCGUGUUCAACACUUGUUUCCGAUCCAUUCACUCCUUCACCUAGCUUUCUAAGGAGAUAGCCUCCAGCUCUCGCGGUGCAUUUUUUUUUUCCCCCUCACUCUGAAAAAAGACUGCAGAGCAGCCCCUUUUCACGAUACACCCACCCUGUCUAUCUAUCUGCAGUGCGCUGCUACUGCUCCUGAAUCGCCUGGCUCGAUUGAAUUCCGUUCAUUGAGAAAUACAUUCAACACUACUCUGAACAUACAAACGGCAUAUAUAUCCCACUCGAAUAUUGAUUCGUACAUAUCUACCCUUUUUUUUGGUUUUUUGGCAUCUCGUUCGUACCAUACGAUCCAGAGCUAGUUCUCUGUCAGUCGAACUUCCAAACUCGAUAGCCCCAUCGCUGUCGCAAAGGAACGCUGCCAGCACGCGACCAAGAACGACAACGGUCUAUUACCUUUCCUCCGCUUUGAUAGCGCACUCCCUUUUUUUCUUUUUUUUUUCUUUUUUUUUUCCCUUUUUGUUCGAGGGGCGAUUUGCUUCAUUUUCAGAAGCAAAAAUGGCUCCCGAUAUCCUAAAGUCUUUGACUGUUGCGGCUGGCCUGUUGGCCUCUGUCUCGAUCGCGGCUCCCGUGAAGCAUCUCGAGGUUUGGGAGACUGUGACCCAGCACGUCUUAACGACGGUUGUGGUCACCACCACCGUGGAUGGUGUACCAGGAGAGCCCCAGACGAUCCUCCCUCCUGUCUUGACCCAGGAGAACCAGACUCACGUGUCUACUUCAUCUGCUCCUCCGACACCCAGCGAGCCAGCCCUUAUUCCCGCACAGUUCCACCAAUUGUCCCCAGUCACAUCAUCACCGCCAUCACCUCCCGCCCCGAUAACUACUAAGGCCUCAGAACCCCCUCCACCUCCACCUCCAGCAAUUCCUCCCCCUCCCCCUCCACCAGCAGUUCCUCCCCCUUCGCCUCCUCCACCAGCAACUCCACCCCCUCCGCCGACGUUUCCACCGCCGCCCGGUGGGAUCUGCACCGAACACAGACCUUGCACGGGAGACAUGACUUAUUAUGACGGUGGAUUGGGUUCCUGUGGCUCUGACAUUAAGACCGACGGAGAAGACGUGGUUGCCGUGGGAGUUGGGUUGUCGGGGCCACGCAGUAACGACAACCCCCUCUGCGGUAUGAUGGUGACUAUCCGAUUCGACGGUAAAACUCACAACGCCACCGUGAAAGACAAGUGCGGGGGCUGCGGUAACGGUGAUCUUGAUGCGACGAGAUCUCUCUUCAAGAGAUUUGGAGAUGAGGAUCGGGGCCGUCUUGGAGGUGUUGAAUGGUGGUUCACUUAGUUUUCAAGCGAAAACGUGUCCCAUCCAGGCAGAUGCCUACCUACCUCCUGUGUACGAAAUAUACAUCGUCUGCUCUAAGGUCGGGUUGAGUGGGGGUCAGAGGUAAACACCCGCACGGAAAAAGAGCAAAGAGAAGGAGAAGGAGAAGUUAGACGAGAUUAACAGAAAAGUCCUCUCCAUGCAACUGGAGAAGAUUAUGUCAACGUAUCCGUCUGGCCUAUCUAUUGAAGGAGGUACUGCAAAAUAUCAGUCGAUGGGUCGAGCUAUUAGAAAAUUGCUUUUGUUCCUUUUACCUUGAUUUUAUGUUACUACUCGCUCUUUUCUUCUUCCUCUUGUGGGCUGGCCUGAACGUUGGAAGAGAGAAGGGCAGCAGGCGGGCCAACACUGUAACUGCAACGCCAUCCAUCCAUCCAUGAUGUCCCAAGAAUAGUGGGUGGGUGGAUGAUAGUUCUAGUGUCCUCCCAAGUUCAGUCAGUGACAUGGUGUUUCUGUCAAGAUGAGACUUUUAUCUACGUGUCUUGUUUAUAGAAAUAAAAAUAAAAAAACAAUUGCUCAUUGAGGUGCUCAACUCAGUCUCUCUUUCUCUGUGACUUUGCACUUUGUGUGAUUUUAUUUGAGAAUUCCACUCACUGAAAAAAUAAAUAUAUUUACUAGUGAAGGUAUGAUUUAGAUUUAUUAUUUUUAUAGAUUGAUUAUAGAUAACUAUAUUAUUCAAAGUAAUUAAUUAAAAUGAAAAUAGUUAUAUAUAUAGAAGUGUUCAUGAAUUCAUCUUGAGAAGCAGAACUAUACUUGACUCUGAGAACUAAAUCACAAUUAGCAUUUGUGUCUCACUGCCUUCAGUGCCUUGAUAUGAUCAACAGGCAAGCUAAAUUAGCAGCUUUCAGCCAAUAAGCAAGCAGUCAUAAAUGAAGGUGGUAGAAAAAUACCACUAAUUGUGGCCUGGUUCUGUUCUCAGACAAGAGAAUAUUUGAGAAAGAUAUCUAUGUCAAGAUACUUAGAGCCUGUUCGGUGCAUCCGUACUUUUGUGGUUCGGAAGAACGUACGACCGUCGGAUAAUAACGCGGCCGCUUCCGAACUUGCUUACAAAUGUAAAGGGGCCAUAGCGGCCACCAAUUAA